GGUUUCGCGUUUUCUAUUUACCUCACUCGUGUAUCACAUUCCGUAUUAUUGAAUGACGGAGGGAGAGCGAUGUUAGCCAUGGGGUAAAUCUGAAGCAAAAGAAUGGACUUUUGGCGAUUAUUUGUCAUGUAAUCUUCAUAUUAUUCAGUUUACAUUUCAUGGCACUUUUAAACUCAUCAAACCGGUUUAUUUAUUUGCUGAUAACAGUUAACGUUAGUCAUUUGUAGUAGCGAGCAAGCUAACAAACUACCACAGAAAGUAAUGAAGGGAAAGACAUUGAAAAUAUAGUCAAGUAAGGCUACUUCUCUGUUUCGCUUCCGAUCUGACAGUUUUCGCUUUGUUAAUCGUCAACAUUUGAUCUCGGCUAUACGAAGAGGCCUGUAAAUGGAUCCAGCGGUUUUGCGUGAAAGUCCUGCGGGUUCAGGAGCACCUUUAGUAAAGGAGAGAGGAGGAAAUCAGCCGGAGGAGGUGACAGAUGAUAGCAGAGAAGCUGAUGGGGAAUCCGAGGAGACCGAGAUGGAGGGUAAAGACUCUGAGAGAUCUAAAAGGCAAGAUGAAAACUCACUACAUGAAAAACUGACUGAGGAGGAAUUAGAUCCAAGAAUCCAGGUAAACUGAAAUUCAGUCAACGCGGUUUAGUAAGAUCUCACACGACACCGUUUAAGUUGUCAGGAGGUUCGGUCCAGCCAUAGGAGGAUAAUGAGUGAAUCUGUGCUUAAACUCAAGGCGAAAAGUUCAGAACUGGGGUCCUGCAUCGAGAAGGCCAGGCCGUACUAUGAGGCACGAAGAAAAGCAAAAGAGGCCCAGCAGGAGACCCAGAAAGCCGCACUCAGCUUUGAGAGAGCCGUGUCCAUGCACUCGGCUGCUCGAGAGAUGGUCCACGUGGCUGAACAGGGCCUCACUGCAGUCAAGACACUGGAUCCAACCUGGCAAGAGAUGUUGAAUCAUGCUACCUCAAAGGUGAACGAGGCGGAGGAGGAGCGCAUGAAGAGCGAGCGGGAGCACAUGCGUGUCACCCAGCUGUGUCAGGAGGCCGAAGCCCGUGUGCAGGAGCUGCAGAAAUCACUGAAGAGAUCCGUCGUCAAGUCCAAGUCUUACUUUGAGCUCAAGGCUCAGUUCAAUGACAUUCUAGAGGAGCACAAGUCAAAAAUGUUACUGUUAGAGGAGCGUAUUUCCAAAGCCAAGUUAAACUACUCCAGCACCCUGCGCCACCUUGAGCAAAUCAGUGAGGAGAUUCAUGCCCAGAGAGAGCAGGACCAACCAAAGGAUGGACCAAUGAAAACGUGCGGUGGGAGGAGCCCUCCUGUAGGAGCAGAGACAGUCAGCAGCACAGGUACCGAAGGCGGAGCCUGCGGAGGCUACCCGAGACCAAACGAUUGGGUGGAUGGAAAAGAGGGCGUGGCUAAUACCAGAGAGUGGGUGGAGACGCAUAAGAACUCCAGGUGGGUGGACAUGGGAAGAGCAGACGUGACACUCCAGACCAUCAUCUCUGAUCUCGAAAAGUGUGAUUCGGUCAAACACCUGGGCCGCCUCAGCAGUGACAUCAGUCUCUCAGGGGAAGAAGGGGAGAGAGACGGGCUGGAGAAUGAUAAAAAGCGAGUGAGGCAAAAAAACGCACACAUUUCAGAGGAGUUCCUCAAACAACACAUAAGAAGUGUCAGUUUAUGAGUGCGUCCUUGAAUAAUGCUCAUGUUUUAUCGAUUUUAAGCUUGUUUGAGUUUGAGACAGAGUAACUCAUCAUUUUUAUUUAUUGUUGAGCAUUUAACAGUACUUGAAUAGGAGAAAGACCAAAAGAAAAUUAUAUAUAUAUUUCUUUAAUUUUUUUUGAGAGAGAGAGAGAGAAGGUUUUUUACUGUUUGGUAUUUCAAAUCAAGUGGUAAAAGACUGACAAUAUUUGUAAGGGUAGCAACCCUGCAGUUUGAUUAACCUAAUCGUAAUUACUACAAUAUAUUUCUUUUUCAUCCUAAUCAGUACCUAAUGUUUUUCUAUGCAAAUGUAAAAAACCCUGUCUUAAUAAACACACUAUUAUUAUAAUCUCUAUAUAGCUGACAUGAUAAAAUAAGGCCGUUUUGCUUUAUACUUUUCAAAUUUUACUGACCACUGGUGAGCUUUAGUUCGCUUACAGACAUAAUCACACUAUUUGCCAUUAAUCAUUAGCUAAUUUUAGACUCUAAAAUGCCACUGUUAUUUUUCUUAAUUUAAAAUGUAUUUUAUUUUUACAUUAGUCCCAUGCUGACUUUGAAAUAGUGGUUUACAAAAAGUGCUUUGUGUCCAAGUGACAAAUGCAUGCAUGAGGUUUGCUUUAUGUUAGUCUUGUUUGCAUUAGUGCACUCUGUCCUUUUCAUCAGAAGAAACAUUUAUUUCAACCAAAAUACAGGUUUUGUAUUGUUGGAGAGAUGAAGCGUUGAUUCUCAAUUGCAGGGUUUUUAAAAUACCUGCCGCUGAACAUUUGAUGUUUUGCUGUUUAUGGCAAUCACUUUUCUAAGUUUCAGAAUUUAUUUUCAUUUCAUGCAUUUUCAGGUGUUUUUGAAUGCUGUUUUCCUCAUUUUUUGAGAGGCUAUGUUCAUUCAGUGUGCUUUAUACAUCUUUGCUAAUCCUCCAGCAUUGGAUGUUGAUAUUAUUGUCUUUAAUAGUGUUCUGUAUGAAGAUGUGCACAGUGGUGACAUUUGUGACGUCUGAUGGAACAAUAAAUAUGCAUGUAUAAAUUCA